AUGGUUGAGCUUCGUGAGCGCAAGCGCAGAGCUCCCGAACCUCCUGUUGUCGCAAAAAGAAGCAAGUCAGCUUCCAAACCCAAGGAGACCAAACCCAAAGAAGCCGACAACAAGGAUCAACCCUCGCCAUCAAAGGUACCCCAGGUUGGCGAUUCUCUUGAUCUAGAGGCAUUUGGUGGUGAAAUUGAAAUCAACGAUGGUACCACAACAACCUUGAAGAAGCUCGUCGAGGAGAGCACAUCUGGAGUGGUUCUAUUUACCUAUCCCAAAGCUUCGACUCCCGGCUUUCUGGAGAGAAGCUCACCGAUUUGGACAGGUACCAAGCAAGUCUGCUUUUUUCGUGAUAACUACGAACACUUGACUUCGACCGGACUGGCUAUUUACGGUCUUUCGGCCGAUUCAACCAAGGCCAAUACCACAUUUAAGACCAAACAAAACUUGUCCUACUCACUCCUUUGCAACCCCAAUGCAUCCUUGAUAGGAGCUAUUGGGUUUAAGAAAACUCCCAAGGGAACUAUCAGAGGUGUCUUCGCCGUAGACAAGGAAGGCAAAGUUUUGCUCCGAGAGGUCGGUGGUCCGGAAGCAACUGUGAACGCCGCCCAAAGGCUGGUGGCUGAAAAUGCGAGUCAGAGCACUCUUCCGGAUAAGGACAGUAGUGAGGCUUAG